AUGGACCUCCUCGGAGCGACUCUGGAGGCCCUGGCGUUCCGCUACUCCGCCGCCGUCGCCGGCUGGCUCUGGGCGUGGUUCGCCGUCCUCGCCGCCGCCCUCGGCCUCUGGCGCAUCCGCGCCGCCCUUCCUCCUUCUCCCAAGCCCCCCGGUCCCCUGGACCCCACCGGAGCCGAAGCCGUCUCGGCUCCUCCCUCGGCUCCAGUGCUGAUCGAGCCGUCCCCAAGCUGCAACGCUGACGGGAUCGCCACGCCCAAAGCCCGGUUCAUGGCGUACUUCCACGCCGACGACGGCAGCGACGAGAAGGAGCGGGGUGACGGCAUCAGUGACGAUGACGGAGAGGAGACAGAGAAGGAGGAGGAUGCGCCGUGGGGAUGGGCGCGGAGGAUAGUUAGGAACGAUGGGGACCUGGGGUUGUACCGUUACGAGAAUCGUACGGCGUUUAACGGCAGCGUCGUGAGGCCGUGGGAUGGCAACGUAAGGCUGACGGUGACGGCGGGGAGGGUACGACGGCGGACGUAG